CUAAAUAGACACAAUAAACAUGCUGCAGUGACACCCAUAUACUGUACGUUAGUUUAAUUAGGGGUGCAAAUAGUAUCUGCCACUAUGUGCAUGGGGGUGCAAAUAGGAUCUAACAAUAUUUGCACUAAAGUGCAAAGAAGAUGCUUUUUGUUGCAAAUAGCAUCAGUCAUGUUUUUGUUUUUACUACAGUUAAUUAAAUAUCCAUUUAAAUGUCAAAAGGUUGACCUUUUAUGAUUUUAAUUGUUGGAUACAGUCAAGAAGGUGAAGACCUCUGAGGUGGGACAGGCCAAACUCAUCAUUAGGUGACUACAUUUAGACUAGAUUAGCACUAGAUUUGUGCCUUGUAUGCUUUAAAAAGUCAUGGGACACCAACUUUACCAUAUCUGUGGAAAGUGGCAUGUGUAUUGAAGUAAGUAACUGUCCUGUGUCUUGUUGUUUUUUUUAGGUUGUCUGUCACUCUGUCUUGCGUUCUGGAUCUACAACUCUUUCCUAUGGACACCCAACUCUGCAAGAUGCAAUUAGAGAGCUUUGGCUACACCACAAAGGACCUGGUGUUUAUGUGGCAGUCUGGGGACCCCGUUCAGAUGGAUGAAAUUACAUCGCCACAGUUCGAUGCAAAGCAAGAGGACACUGUGUACAGAAACUGCACAAAGUUCUACCCAGGAACAGGUGAUGUUGAACAGUCCCAGGCGAAUUGAGGCAGAGAAGGUGAAGAUGGCUCAGAAAGAAAAAGAGAACAAGACACUAGCCAAAACGAACAGUGCCAAUGGCACUGGAGGAACACCUAUACAUGUCAGCACACUACAGGUUGUAGAAAACCGCUGCAAGAAUGUGUGCACUUCUAAAUCCGAUCUGCACUCAACUUAUUUCAGCAUUGUUGGUUCUCUUCCACGUGAUUUAGAACUCUCCAACUUUGACUGUUAUGGCAAACCCAAAGAGGUCACAAAUGCUGCUGGCAAAUCACAAAACAAGAACAACAAUAAUUUAUAAUAUUUUUUUUUUUUUUAUAAUUGUAUUUAUUUAUCACAUGUUAUACAUUUGCACAUAUACAGUGAAAUUCUUUUUUUUUCCACAUAUCCCAGCUAAGCUGGGGUCAGAGUGCAGGGUCAGCCAUGAUACAGCACCCCUGGAGCAGAUAGGGUCAAGGGCCUUGCUCAAGGGCCCAACAGUGGCAUCGUGGCAGUGCUAAGGCUUGAACCCCCAACACUUCUGAUCAGUAACCCAGAGCCUUGACCGCUGAGCCACCACUGCCCCUCUUUGGUGGGACAAGAAGCCUGUCCCACCAAAACCUGUCAUUCCAUCCACAGCAAAACAUGUAGAUCAUUAUGCUCGAGCUCUGUUUCCUUUCACUUUCCUCUUCUUCAAUGUCAUUUACUGGUCCGUCUACCUGUGAACAUGAAAAAGGUUGUGAGUGUGUACAGUGUUUGCGCCAAGUGUGUGUGUGCACUUUUAUGUUGAUGAGGGAGGAGACAUAAUGCAAUCAAGCAUGAACAGUGUAAAAUGCUCAUCCUUUACAUUCUCUGAUGUCUGUUAUUUUGACCAGAUCAGUUCAAUUUUCCCUGUCCUUCACUAUGCUUGUUUGUGUUUCUCUUCCCUUUAAGUAGCUUUUUGAACUGUGUAGCUUUAGUACAAGCAAACUUGGACAGCAUGACUUUACAGGCAGUGUGUGUUCAGCCAUGUUAGGCCUAGAUAGAUAUCCACUAUUGUUUAUAAUCUCAGGCAAAAAUGUGUGAUGUGCUUAGGGAACUAAGGACUAUAUCUGAAUGGACCUUCAGAAUAUUUUUUUGUAUACACCGAUCAGUCCCAACAUUAAAACCACCUGCCUAAUAUCAUGUAGGUCCCCCCUCGUGCCACCAAAACAGCUCUGACCCGUCAAGGCAUGGACUCCACAAGACCUCUGAAGGUGUCCUGUGGUAUCUGGCACCAAGACGUUAGCAGCAGAUCCUUUAAGUCUUGUGAGUUGUGAGGUGGGGCCUCCAUGGAUCGGACUUGUUAGUCUAGCAAUAGAUGGGAAUUUGGAGACCAAGUCAACUCGUUGAACUCUUUGUCAUGUUCCUCAAACCAUUCCUGAAAUUUUUUUUGCAGUGUGGCAGGGCACAUUAUCCUGCUGAAAGAGGCCACUGCCAUUAGGGAAUACCGUUGCCAUGAAGGGGUGUAUGUGGUCUGCAACAAUCUUUAGGUAGGUGGUACGUGUCAAAGUAACAUCCACAUGAAUGCCAGGACCCAAGGUUUCCCAAUAGAACAUUUUCCCAGAGCAUCACACUGCCUCCGCCGGCCUGCCUUCUUCCCAUAGUGCAUCCUGCUGUCAUCUCUUCCCCAGGUAAACGACGCACACGCACCCGGCCGUCCACAUGAUCUAAAAGAAAGCGUGAUUCAUCAGACCAGGCUACCUUCUUCCAUUGCUCCAUGAUCCAGUUCUGACGCUCAUGUGCUUUUAGCCACUUUCGGCAGUGGACAGGUGAUCAGCAUGGGCACUCUGACCAGUCUGCACUCUGUGUUCUGACACCUUUCUAUCAUGGCCAGCAUUACGUUUUUCAGCAAUUUGUGCUACAUUAGCUCUUCUGUGGGAUCGGACCAGACGGGCUAGCCUUCGCUUCGCACAUGUAUCAGUGAGCCUUGGGCGCCCAUGACCCUGUCGCCGGUUCACCGGUUGUCCUUCCUUGGACCACUUUUGGUAGGUACUAGCCACUGCAUACCGGGAACACCCCACAAGUCCUGCUGUUUUGGAGAUGCUCUGACCCAGUCGUCAAGCCCUCACAAUUUGGCCCUUGUCAAAGUCACUCAGAUCAUUACGCUUACUCAUUUUUCCUGCUUCCAAAACAUGAACUCACUGUUCACUUGCUGCCUAAUAUAUUCCACCCCUUGACAGGUGCCAUUGUAAUGAGAUAAUAAAUGUUAUUCACCUGUUAGUGGUUUUAAUGUUGUGGCUUAUCAGUGUAAGUAUUUCACAUGAACACGCCCACACAGAAUCAGUGCCUGUAGAACUGUCCAGAUUUCUGCUGUAUUGAAAAAACUCUUCAUUCACCAAGUACUACACAUCCCAAGCCCCUUGUGUGUUUGUUUAUUAAAUAGAUUUCAUAAUGCUUCCCCUUGCCAAUAAGAGUGUAUUACUCUUGUGUGCUCUGUUUAACACAUUUGACCAUGUUUAAAUCCAUUUCACAGUAUUCUGCCUAUUUCCUCCAGAAUCAGCUCAAAAACUCUUAAAAAAGGGCCUGCAUAUGUGUUUGUAAUGAGAUGGGAUUUAACUGCUGUAAUUGACCCAUACAAUAAAGAUCCU